AUGGCCGUCCGUCUCUGGGCGACGUCCGAGGACCUCGGCGCCAUGACCCCGGACCUCGCAUGGUACAUGACGAUGGAAGGCGGCUUCUUCUACGCGGUGCAUGGGUCGGAACCCGGCUAUUCCCUGCAGCAGCUCGAGCAGCUCCUGCGGCCCGUCCUGUCCCUGCGCAUUCGCUGA